CCCAAACCUAUCCCUUCCGGCACUCUUACCACCUCUUCACCAACGGCUCAGCAAUCGGCUUCAAGUGACUCAAGUCUCAAACUGGCAUCUUCCUCUCCUUACUUCCAGAACGUGAUGUUUCGCUGUCUCUUGAUUACAAUGCGAAAAAUCCUACACCAGGUUCGAUUCGUGGCAGGAAGGCACCGCAGAAGAAAAUGGCCAAAGGCGGGAAGAAGGGAGGCGUUCUUCGAGUUGAGAACGCUGGUAAUGGGGAGACUCAAGCCGUUGUUCUUUGAUAUGCCGUGUCCUCUCCGGCUUGCAUCGGCCAUGGUUCCUCCUCCACCUCCUUCUUCUCUGUGGAUCACCACCUCAAAGAUUCUUGCAAAGCUCGUGAGUGGUGUUGUUGAUGAGAUUAAUUGGCGGGGAAUGGGGAUCCCCGCGGGGGUCCCCAUUCCCCGUAGGGAACGGGGACGGGGGGCAAAAUCUGCCCCCCCUAAAAAAAUCCCCGCGGGGUUCCCCGUCCCCAUGAUUCGCGGGGACGGGGACGGGGACGGGGACGGGGAGGAACUCCCCGGCCCCGCAGGGCCCGUUGACAUCCCUAGUCUGUAGCUAUCAUCUUUUAAUCUACGUCGGGGUGGUUUUUCAUUUUUUGGUACUUAUUGUUCUUUUCUGUUGUUUGCAGAAACUCCCGGAAAGGUUUGUUCAGUAUUUGAGAAAGAAACUACCUAGGAUUGU